AUGAAUAAACGUUAUUAUUUCGUCACUGCACUUGUGGGAGUUAUUGCUUUGGGCGUCGGUAUCGUUAUUGGAUAUUUUGUAAUAAAAAAACAACAAAAUCAUGACACUUGGAAGUAUGACCGUCUUACAAGACAGGCUGAUAAAAAAAAUUACCAAACAUUUAUUGAUUCUGUUCAAGCAGCUAAUAUUGAAGCGAAUCUGAAAGAUCUAACUUCACGCCCUCAUCUAGCUGGUCUACCUGAAGAUUUAGAAAGUGCUGAAGUCGUUGCAGAACGAUGGAAAAAUGAUGGUCUCCUAGUGAUAAAACCAAAAUAUAAUGUUCUUCUUUCAUAUCCAGAUGAUAAUAAUCUAAAUCGAGUUACUCUCACAAGUGAUGAUGGCUCAGUCAUCAUACAAACCAAUGGAACCGAAAAAGUCUAUAAUUCAACACAACCAAAAACAGUAAAUCCAUUUCUUGCUCAUACACCUAAUGGAACUGUUAAUAGUACAAAGUUAUUCUACGGUAAUUAUGGUGCAUUGGAAGAUCUUCAAAAAUUAGCAUCUGUUGUUGGAAAUGCGAGUCUUCAAGGAAGUAUCAUUAUUAUGAGAUAUGGUAGCAUUUUUCGAGGAGAUAAGAUAAUGCAUGCUCAAUAUUUUGGAGCUAUAGGUGCUAUAUUAUAUAAUGAUCCAGCGGACUAUGCUCCGUUUGGAACAACAGCUGAUCAGGUAUAUGACCAAAAAUGGUAUAUGCCUCCAAGUGGUGCACAACGAGGCUCUGCAUUAAUUUUGGAUGGUGAUCCACUCACACCUAUAUAUCCAUCUACCGAUUACAUGUACCGAUUGAAAGAAGAAAAUGUGAAAUAUUUACCUAGAAUUCCUGCUCAACCUAUUGCUUAUGCUGAAGCUCAAAUUAUUUUACAAUAUCUCGGAGGUAAUGAAGUACCGGUAGAAUGGCGUGGAGCUCUUCAAAAUGUGACAUAUCGUUAUGGAGGAGAGCUUUAUAAUGGAUCAACGAUCGAAGUUAAAACAUACAAUAAACUUCAAAGAAAGGAUACAUAUGAUGUGAUUGGAAUAAUGGAAGGAGACAUCGAGCCAGACCGAUAUAUUGUAAUGGGCAACCAUCGAGAUGCUUGGAGUUUAGGUGCGAUUGAUCCAACAAGUGGAACAGCUACUAUGCUAGAAAUAACUCGAGUACUUGGUGAAAUGUACAAAAAUGGAUUUCGACCAAGACGUAGCUUAAUGUUUUGUUCAUGGGGAGCAGAAGAAUAUGGACUCAUUGGAUCAAUGGAAUAUGUUCAGGAAUAUGUUAAAGUAUUGGGUGCACGAAUUGUUUCUUAUUUGAAUGUAGAUAGUGCAGUACAAGGAAACCAUACGAUUCUAGUCAAAACCGCUCCAAUGUUGUUUGAUAUUAUUGUUGAAGCAUCCAAAAUGGUUCCAAGUGCCUACGAUGCUCCUGGACAAACUGUCUAUGAUAAAUGGAUGCGUGUUAAUCGAAAUAAUAUAACUGAUGAACCAAAAUUAACAUACGAUCGUGGAUCAGGUAGUGACUACUUUAGUUUUGAUCAAUUGGUUGGCUCAUCAAAUAUGGAUGCAAGAUAUACCUACAAUUCAGCUGAGCAAAGAAAUAUAGCGUCACAUCCACUUUAUCACACAUCUUAUGAAGUCUUUUCAAUGAUGAAAAAAUUUGUUGAUCCCGAUUUUACAGCUCAUAGAACAAUGGGACAAUUUAUAGGUGUUCUAGUAUUACUUCUAUCUGAGACACCUGUUUUACAAUUUAAUGUAACACGAUAUACAACAACACUUAUGCAAGCUAUGAACAAUCUUAAACCAAAUGAUCCUACUGUUCUCGAUCCACUUCGAAAUGCCAUCAAUGAUUUUGGUAAGACUGCUGAAGAUUUUGUUGCACGAUCGAAAUUAAUGGAUAGAGAAAAUCCAUACGAAAUUCGAUUUUAUAAUGAUCAAUUGUUACAACUUGAACGUUCAUUUUUAAAUCCAUUAGGUCAAGGUGGUGAUUAUACUGAUUUUAAACAUAUUGUCUUUGCACCAUCUAAAGAUAAUCAAUAUGCAGCAAGUGGUUUUCCUACUAUCAGUGAUGCUAUUUUUAAUAAUAAUCAAACAGAAAUCGAAUAUCAAGUAGCUAUAGCGACUUAUUUUGUACGUGGUGCUUUAUCUAUAUUAAAAGAUUUUAAUAAUUUUUUUUCAUAA